UAAUCCAAAUUACUAGUCUCACCACAAUGGAGAGACUUCGCAAAAGAAUGGUAAAAAGAAAUUAUUACUGUAUUUUAAAAAUUUUAAUAAUUUAAUUGAAUUAGUCCCUCACACGAAGUAUACUUUAGAAACAAUGAAUCAUCGUCAUCAUCAUCAUCAUUAUUUUCAUUAUCAUAUCAUCGUCAACAUCAUCAUCAUCCUCAUUAUUGUAACCAUUAUCACAUAUUUUUAUUAUUUUGGAAUGUUGAGAACAUGGCUAUUACCACCAAUGGAGAAUUGAACAAAUGGUUAGCAUUUGCAAAAAUAAUGUGGUCAUGACCUCCCUCCCACCUAUAUGUAGCCUAAUACUUAUUUUGCAUCAUCUUUGUUUUAUACAGAUACGCAUUGUGUAGCUUUAUGCUUAGGACAUAAGCCUAAAAACAUUUUAGAACAAACACUUAUUAACAUGAUAAUUAGCGUGUAAAAACCACAUUUGAUUAUGCGGAAUUUGCUCUCUACUUCUGACUUAUUCAAUGUUAAGAUUAUUAAAGAUUUUUGUUUUAUUGAAACAUUUGGUUUGCCGGCUACUUUUGCAUAGAAGGUUUUUUUUGCUGUCAGACGUAACAAAAUUCCCAUCGCGUACUAUGAUUGUUUCCUUGACGAUAUAUCGCGCGCGCUUUGAAUAGAAUCAUGACAACCAAGCUGUAAAAAUGCGUGUCACAAUCGAACUCUGAAGUAUCCAUAGUAUCUUUGAUAGGAUCUGAACUUUCUCAGAAAGAACUUGUAUUGAUAAGAAUCUGUAUGAGAAGACACUGCAUCAAAAUAGAGACAAAAUUUUAUAUCAAAGGUGCCUUUCUGGAGGAUUUGAACAUUCAAUUGUUAUAAUAACGGCCGUGUGUUUGCUUAGCAAUGCCGAACACCAAUACCUCCCCUGAUAAUGUCCCAGCUGCAGCAGCCCGCCCACCGAUUCCACCUAGCGUCCAGAGAAGGAUCAACGAAGAAGCUACACUAAAAAGGCGAGGCUUUACUCUUGGGCAUGUAUUAGGGGAGGGAUCGUACGCCACGGUUUGUACAUCUUUUUAUGAUAAAAUCAACGCCAAGUGCGCGAUGAAGAUAAUUUGUCGGCGAAAGGCACCUAAAGAUUUCUUGCAGAAGUUUUUACCGAGAGAGUUAAGAAUCAUUCGUCGUGUUCGACAUAAGAACAUAAUAAGCUUUUACGAUGUAUUUGAAGUAAACAAUAAAGUUUAUAUCGCUAUGGAAAUCGCUGGUCAUGGAGAUCUUUUGGAAUAUAUCAAACUUCGUGGAGCUUUACCUGAAGAAAAGUCGCGGAAUUUCUUCACACAACUCAUCGACGGCGUCGAGUACAUGCACCGGCUUGGCAUAGUGCAUCGUGACUUGAAAUGCGAAAACCUUCUGUUAGACGGAAAAAAUAACAUAAAAAUUAGUGACUUUGGAUUCUCGAGAGAAUUUAACCAGGGUGAUUUAAGCAAGACAUUCUGUGGUAGUGCGGCUUACGCCGCGCCAGAGGUUCUUCAAGGAAUUCCUUACCAACCGAAGGCUUAUGACGUCUGGAGUAUGGGAGUUAUUCUGUAUAUUAUGAUAUGUGGUUCCAUGCCAUACGAUGAUUCCAACAUCAAACGUAUGAUCAAAGACCAGACGGAGAAAAAGCUCGGAUUCUCUAGCAAACUAAAAUUGUCAAAAGAGAGUAAAGAACUGGUGCUCUGCAUCCUUCGCAGCGACGUGUCAAGACGCUAUAGCAUACUGGACAUACGCCAGCACACGUGGAUGAGCCCUGUAACUGUACAAGUUCCGUCGAUAGCUAGCACUUCAGGGGCUGUAAAUUGUCCACCGUCCUCAACGCUCGGCCACGCGAUGCCCACCACAAGCGCUCAGUGCGGCACGGCUGAUCCCCCGUUCUCGACGGCAGCCUACGGAGGUGCAAACAUUGGCUUAGAUUCUACAACAUCUGAAUCUGUUUCAAGACCAGAAUCACUGGCAGAGAACAGUAAUGCACAGCCAAAUUGAAAGAAGAUAUUCAACAAAACAUAAUGAACAAUUGUGUACUUUGACACCUAAAUUAUAGACACGACUCGAAUUGGUAAAUAUUUAUUACGUAAGUGAUCAUGUGACGAUGUGAUAUCACAAAAGACAAUACACUAUUUUAUCAACUGAUUCAUUCGUCUAAUAAAGUUGCUCAGAAUAGUGGAUGUCUAAAAAAUCCUGUAUUGUUUUUAUUAUCUUUUAAAAACUUGUGCUAUCACAAUGUGAAUUCACAAUUUAUAUCAAGCAUUCAUUAUUAUGUUAGCGUUAAUAAUCAUUUAAAUAAAUAUAGCAUUUGGAUUUAUAAAAUAAAUUCACUACCUUAAUUGUAUAAACUCAUUGGCUUUAUCACCUUCAUGAUAGCACUAAUUUGCAAAUAUUGCGUACAAGAUAAAAAAAAUAUAUUUUAGACAACCAUUAGGACAGAUCUAUAGUAAAGUGUAACAAUUUCAAUUUAAACAUUAAAUAUUAUAUUUUAAACCAAACUGAAAUAUAACAACAAAUUCAGCUAAAAACUAUAUCCGAUGGAGAUCGAUACGCAUAAGGUAAACCCUGGUUUCCAUAAAAUCGCUACACGCUUUCGCCCACAGCUUUUGCGACGCUGAUUGGUCGGUCCGACAGGGGGGUCUUCCAGAUAACGUCGGGACGAUUGGCAGUAUAGCGAAUUCAGUCAAACACUGUAGUGACAUAGUAGCAAUGUUAUGGAAACCAUGCAUUAACUAUAUUUUAUUUAAUUAUAAAGGGAAGGGAAAACACCACACUUAAGCUCUCUCCAGAUUUUAUAAAAUUUUCUUUGACAAAAAAAAAAAAAAAAAAAAAAAAUCUGUAGUAUCACAUAAUAGUCAUGAUGUACCUAAUUAAUAUGGUAAUGAUGUGAUCCAUUUUUAAAAUCCA